GAUGAUCGCGUGGCAGUGUGCCCGCCUAACGCAGCCACGCACCAGCUAGCCGCGCCGGCAUCGACCUCGUGCCGUCGUCCAAAGCUCGGGUUUUUUACACGCAGCGUGUCUGCCUGCUGUCCAUUGUCAACACUCAACACACGCCAUCGAAUUCGCCCUCCACCCAAACAACAACAAAGCUGCUUCCUUUUCUCGCCCGCCGCAGCCGUCGGCCGCCAGGAGCAGCGAGCGCGCCACCGAUCCAGCCCGGCCCACCAUGGCGGCGCCAGCGAGCCCCCGCGCCGGCGGCUCCGAGGCGGCGGAGGCGUACGAGGACCUGCUGCCGGUGAUGGGGGAGCGGCUGGGCACGGCGGGCCUGCUGGCGGAGCUCCGGGCGGGGUUCCGCCUGCUGGCCGACCCGGCGCGGGGCGCCAUCACGGCCGAGAGCCUGCGCCGCGGCGGCGCGGCGGCGCUGGGCGUGGCCGGGAUGACGCCCGCGGAGGCCGACGCCAUGGUGCGCGAGGGCGACGCCGACGGCGACGGCGCGCUCAGCGAGGCCGAGUUCUGCGUCCUCAUGGUGCGCCUCAGCCCCGGCAUCAUGGCCGACGCCGAGGCCUGGCUCGAGGAGGCCAUCGCCGAGGAGCUCGCCCGAGGAGAAGAACAGCCCCGCCCCGCCGACGCCGGCGGCAGUGGCACGGCGGCCCCGGCCCCGGCGAGCCGCCGCUCGGUUUGAUAAACAAUUGGCCGGACUACCUGGACUCUGCGUUGCCUGCGCCGCCGUGAUCGGAGAUUAAUCGUGACUCGUGAGGUGUCUGCUGUAACUACCGUGAUGAUGAUUACUACUCUGUGAGUGACUGUUCUUCGACGUAAUAAUAAUUUCGUGCAACUUUGGUUUGACA